AUGAAUAAAGACAUUUUCCCUCUCCUAGACUUGCAGGAGCUUGUAAUAUGUCUACAAAGUUGUGAUUUUAGUAUGGCUACAGAAGAGAGCAUCUCAAGGCCGACACCGCAGUAUGUGAUAACAUUGUACAAGCAAAUAAUAGACAGCUUCAUGGGUGUUUCACCGGAUACACUUCUCAAAGAAAAUGAAGGAGUUGAAGAUGAGGGCAAUAGUGACGAUUACAAUGCUAUUUAUGCAGACACACUCAGAGUUCUAACGCUCAAUAAGAUCUGCUUUAAGUUCUUCGAGGAUAUUGGAGUAUCUGACUUCAAUAUCAUGGACCUCUAUAAGCCAGAGCCUGCACGCACACGCAGACUUCUUAGUGCAGUUGUGAACUAUGCGAGAUUUCGCGAAGAGCGCAUGUUCGAUUGCGAUCAAUUCUUGUCGCAGACGGAGUCACUAUUGGGCCGCCUUCGACAGAAAUUCGACGAUUACAACUUCUUGCAACAGCAGAUUAAACGAUACGAGGAUUUGAAUGAUCUGAAGGAAGGCGAAGAUCUUGCCAGCUUGGAGGAGCGAAAUAAGAAUUUGGAACAACAACUUAAGAAAUUAACACAGAUCCAGGAGACAUUGACAAUAGAUUACAAUAGCUAUAAGAGCAGCAAGCAGAAACUAAUGCAUGAACUAGAAACUUCGGGCUUUGAGCUUAUUGAACUAGAAUCGCAAAGAGAUAAGCUACAAAGGUAUUCUGAGACGAAUAUGUCCAACCUAGACACGACUUUAAAGGAGCUUGCAGCAUUGUAUGAAAAACAGCAAGAGAGACUUUCUCAAUUAGAGGUGCGUCAGAAAAAGCUUAUUUUAUCAAUGGAAACUUUCCAAACUUUGACGUCGGAGUUAUAUGAUGUUCUCAAAAUUGUUUCGACUGAGUUACAAGAAUCGCACGUCAAGGAGACGGGACUGGUAGAGCUUAAAGAACAAUUACUGCAAAGCGAGGCCAAGUUGAAAAAUCUUCUUUCAUCAGGAGUUCUUGUUAAAGUUUCUAUCGUACAGUCUCAACUUACAAACCAAAAAGAGAAGCUUGAAGAGCUCGAACGAACGACUAAGGAAAAACAAAAGGAAAACAGGGCUGCCCUCGAAAAAUUGCAAUCACAGUACUCGGAUACCAUUGUACCAGAGGUUCAACGUACGGAAGAGCACAUAGCCACCGAACUAAUAGGUGGUGUGGUUAGCGAACUGGAAAAAGAAAUGCAAUCAUUGAAGGACGAAUUUCAAAGGGAAUCUGAUGCUAUUGAACUGGAGUACUCGCUACUGGCAGGACACAUAAAUAAAUACAUGGGUGCCAUGCUGGAGAAAAUGAAAUGA